AGUAGCAAGAUGGCGGCGGAUAUAGUAAGACGGAGGCUGUGGGUUAGGGGAAGGUGGAAGGUUCCGUGGACUUUUCUGUUUCUUGCUUCUCUGCUCCUACAAACCAGCUGUGCCGAUCAGACAGAAGAGUAUUUGAAGAGAGAGCACUCUCUAACCAAACCUUAUCAGGGAGUGGGCUCUUCUUCCUCAUCCCUGUGGGAUUUGACGGGGAAUGUCCUUGUAACCCCGCAGUAUGUACGACUGACCCCGGACCAACAGAGCAAGCAGGGGGCUGUUUGGAACCGCGUGCCUUGUUAUCUGAGAGACUGGGAGUUGCAAGUUCAUUUCAAAAUCCAUGGCCAGGGCAAGAAGAACCUCAAUGGAGAUGGUUUUGCUAUCUGGUACACCAAGGACAAGAUGCAGUCUGGUCCUGUAUUUGGGAGUAAAGAUAACUUUGUUGGGUUAGGUGUUUUUGUAGACACCUACCCAAAUGAGGAGAAGCAGCAUGAGUCUCAAAAGAAAAGAUACUCUCCAGGGAUGCAGCGUGUAUUCCCCUAUAUAUCUGCUAUGGUCAGCAAUGGGUCUCUGACAUAUGAUCACAGCCGGGAUGGACGUCCCACUGAGCUUGGAGGUUGUACAGCCAUGGUGAGGAACCUAGAUCAUGACACCUUCUUCGUAAUCCGCUAUGUGAAACGUCGACUUACGAUCAUGAUAGACAUAGAUGGAAAGCAUGAAUGGAAGGACUGCCUAGAUGUGCCUGGUGUGCGCCUGCCUCGUGGAUAUUACUUUGGUGCCUCUGCGGUCACAGGAGACCUGUCAGAUAACCAUGAUAUUAUCUCUCUCAAACUGUACCAACUAAGUGUGACACGUUCUCCGGAUGAAGAAGCUGCAGAUAAAGAAGUAUUUAUACCCAGUGUAGACAACAUGAAGCUACCUGGAGUUGAUCAGUCGUCCGAGCCUAUGAGUGGUUUUGCUCUCUUCAUCAUUGUCUUCUUCUCCAUACUGGGCCUGGUCUUUGCUGGGGUCAUCUUGCUAAUUGUGUACAAUAAGUGGCAGGAGAGAAGUCGCAAGCAUUUCUACUGAUUCUCUUUCCCCAUGGCAGCAGACACUGGCUGGGUUUACAGUCUGACUACUUCGGAGUGAGGAGUAUUAUCUACAAAUGGCACUACAGGCUUGAAAUACUGCUCCGCUGCCUGCCCUACUACUAUUUAUCUUCAGUUUGUUUUAAACACUGGGCUUUUUUUUUCUUUUUCUUUUCUUUUUUUUUUUUUUUUUUUUUUACAAGCUGCUACUGAAGAUGUAAUUAUUUUUAUAGAUCUGCCUUACCUCAGAGUUCUUUUAAUGUUAUUUAAUUUUUUGCAAAUAACAGUUACACGUGAACCAUACUCUUUACUAUGUGCCUGCAUCCUCACAAGACAUUUUGCUGUUAAAGAACCAAUCUGCCCCUGCUCCUCGUGUGUCAAUCUGUGAAUUUACCCAACUUUCCUGUCCACCCUUUCUGGUCUAAAGUUUUACUUUGUUUUGUAAACUUCUGUUUUCUGAUUCAGAAUUGUUGUUAUAAUGUAAAUUAUCGCAAAUUGCUAUAGUUAGUUCGGCUGCAGUAAUUACAAGUUCUAAACAAGGAGCACUUCACAUUAGUUCUUUUUCUUUUUUUUUUCCCUCUUCCUUUCACCAGUUUGCGGGCCCGGCGAAUAAAAAAAAAAAAAACCUAGUUUUUACCAUCUGACGAGCAUUCACAAUCUAAAUUGGUAGUUUGGUGUAAAUAGAAGGUACAUUCAAAAGGAGAGAUGUUUAAUGUAAUUCCAAAUAGCAAUGAUAGAAGCAAAGUUAAGCUUUUGCUAAAGUAAAUCAUGCAAAUAUCCAAAGAGCCCACACAGCUGUAUCUCACUACAGACAAAUUACUUAUUUUUCUAUUUUCCCCUGCCUAAAUUUUCAGCCCUGACUUCAAGUAUCACCAAAUGUUUGACUAUGGAACUGCCUUAGAAAUCUAGGUUUAAGAAAACAAACAAAAAAAAAACAAAACUUCUGACGGCUUAAUGUAAUAGCUUUGCCUGUUUUUCUACACCCCGCCCCCACAAAGUGGUUUAUAAAAUGAAUUAUUCUCAGGGACAGGGCUCUGCAAUUACUUGGAAAACGCUAUUCUAAUAUUUUAAGGAAUUUUGAAUACAUUCAACUCCCAUCAGGUACAGCCAGUGUUUGCAUGUACUUCACAAUAACUAAGCCUUCCCUGCCAGUCCAUUCUGAAACACUUUGGCAACUUGUUAUGUUUAGGUAUUUUUAUAAGGCUUUACAAAUUUCUGUCCUCAAUACCUCCAGACAGGGAGCAGUUUUUUGGAAAUCCAUAAAUAAACCUCUACCUUGACUAAGUGGUAGCUACAUCUCUUUGCUUGAUCAAUUAAAUCAGCUGAGCAUGUCACUGGACGUAACAUACUUCUAAUCCAGGGGUAGGCAACAUUUAGCACAGCUAAUGUUGUGGGCUACAUCUCCCAUAAUGUGGGCAAUGCAUCUGAGGAGAUCAACAACAUCUGGAGGUUACCUACCCCUGAAUUAAUCAUAUGAGGAGAGGGUUAGGAACAUUGGCUCUGGCUGUAGUUGGUGAAACCCCCAAAAAGUAUCAUUUGUGUAGCACUGGGCUGCCACAAAGAAACGAUGAAGCUUUGUAAAGCAUUAAACUGGUGAACGUGGCUUAGGCCUUGUUAUUAUUUUUGGAUAAACUCAAAAUGUAUUUUUUCUAAAUAUUAAAUAAUUUCAAAAGUUUAUCCAAAAGCAUUAAAUACUUUGAAAAGCUUUUUGAAAAUUAAUAAACUGAGGCCUUUAGCUGUUUCUCUACCCGUGUAUUAAGUCACUGAGUGCCAGAAUGAACACAAAUUGUGUUCUAUAGUUAAUAUCUAUGGUCUCUUUGGCUUGGUACUGAUUUGUAUAAGCUUAAAGGUUUUCUGACAUCUCUUGUAAUUUUGUAUCUUAAUGUAUUUAUUAGAGUAAUUUGUACUGUGACUGGAAAAAUAAGUUUGUGCUAGUUAUGCAGCAGAAAGUCUAUUUCUUGUGUCUGUGGCUAGCUUUCACUCAUGGCCAUUCAUUAAACCAAGAAUGGACCAAAAUGUUGCAGAUGUUAGGGCAAAAUACGAGAGGUGGAGAAUUUAAGUGGCCAAACGAUUGACAUUUCCUUUCCGAUUCCCAUUGUAGGCUAUGCAGUCCAGCAAGAGGCGUGUAUGUGCUUUCUUUUUAUGGAAAGGUGAAAUGAGUGGCAUUCAGAUUUUAUCAGACAUCCUAAUGUAAAAGUGUAGUUUACUGCCCAAUGUUAUGCAUCCAUUAUACAUUCUUGCAAUGGGAUAAAAGAUAGUUGUAAUGUUGAACAAUAUUUUAAAUUCUGCAGGUUUAAUUUUCAGUUUUGCAUUAAUUAAUUAAAAAUUAAACUCUGUCCAUUUAAAAAUA